CUAUUCUCUACGACAGGGGAGCGAUGCAUGAUUCCUAGUGGUCUAAGACUUUCGAAAUACUCUAUAUAUAUUCUAUGGAAAUAUUCAACUCCUCGACCGAUGGCUGCCAGCACACGCUCCAAGAGCUCACUUUGUUCACUGCUGAGCGCCAAGUUGACGACGCAAUUGUUUGCAGAUGUCGAUAAAUUGCAGAACCUCGACGGCGAAUGGCCGAGUCACAUUUUCAAUGCAGAAGAAUUCUCCAACAAGGAGGACCUAAUCAUGGAGCAAAGGGUGCAAUUUGGCAACUACAUCAGCGAGGAAGUCAUCACAGAGAUUCCUGACGACUGGCUUGGUGAUGAACUAGAAUUUUUCGGCAUUUCGCCGCCAGACGACGAAUUCAACAAGAGAAAGUUCUGCUUGAAUGAAUCUUGCAACAAAGAGUUCUGCACCCCUGAGUCUUGCGAAACAAAGAUCAACGAGGCUGAUGCCACAUCCUGCCACUUUGGUAAAUGUGUGAUUGGCUACGCAAUCAAGCGUGCCCAUUUAGGAGUAAAGGAUAACUACAAGGACACAAUAGGGAUGAUUGCUGAUGUGCCAAAGACGAAGACUCGUAGUUCGGAGCCUACACUCCAACAAGUAUACGAUAAUACCAACAAACCCAUCGAUCACCUUCAAGGCAAACGCAACAAAGGAAGUGCCAAGAGACUUUUGCAGUUCUUCCAGACCAAUCCAAAAACAGCACUAAUCUGCUACCCCACCUCGUCUGAAGCAAGGGAGAUAGGUCCUUUUUUCGGGCGCAAUGCCCGAUAUCAGAAAUACUUUUUUGAUAGUGCAGUGUCAGCCUCGAACAAGUGGGUGACUGAGCUCCAUCUGUCCUUCUGGAAACUUGACCCGACUGAUACUUCCGAUCCACCCUUCAGUCUAGCAGGUUUCAAAGCAAAUAUGUGGCCACAACGUUUGCUAAGUUAUAAAUACCAAGAAAUCUUCGUCUUGGUUCGUGCCUUGCUCGGUCCGAACCCUAAAACGGAGCUCUGGCCAAGGAAAGUCCAGCUGACAAACCACCAGCCGAGGAGACUGAAAUCCAGAAACUCGACGUGAGGAAACUAGAGAACGGUGAAGAGCAGCCCUGCUGGCAGCAACGCAAGGUCUUGGAACUUGUCUUGUUCAACAGGACUAUAAGGCCCAUGGUUGCCA